AUGCUAGGCGAAGCCUGUAAAAGCUUCAUCCUCCACAGACUCAAAAGUUAUACUAAUAUUGACUACACAUUGUAUGGUUAUCUCUUACAAUUAUGCAAAGAACAUUGCUUGAUUCGUCAAGGCAAACAGCUCCAUGCCCGUCUUGUUCUUUCCUCAACGAUCCCCAACAACUUCCUUGCCUCUAAACUCAUCAAUUUCUACUCAAAAAACGAACAUUUAAAAGAAGCACACCAUGUGUUUGAUGAAAUACCUGAGAGAAAUACAUUUUCUUGGAAUGCCCUUCUAAUUGGUUACUCUUCCAAGAAUUACCAUGUAGAAACUCUCAAGUUGUUUUCUUUGUUUUUAUCUGAGAAUUUUGAGACAUCCCAUGUGAAGCCUGAUAAUUUUACAGUGACUUGUGUGUUAAAAGCUGUUUCUGGGAUGUUGGGGGACUCUGUUUUGGCUAAGAUGAUUCAUUGUUAUGUUUUAAAAAAUGGGUUUGAUUCGGAUGUGUUUGUAUUGAAUGGUUUGAUUAAUUCUUACUCGAAAACGGGUGAUAUGGUAUUGGCGAGAAAUGUGUUUGAUGAAAUUCCUGAAAGGGAUGUAGUGUCGUGGAAUUCAAUGAUAUCGGGUUAUUUUCAAUGUGGGUUUUAUGAGGAAUGCAAAGGAUUAUAUAGAGAAAUGCUGCAUUUAGAAAAGUUUAGACCUGGUGGGGUUACGGUAGUGAGUGUUCUACAAGCUUGUGCACAGUCGAAUGAUCUUAUGUUAGGAAUGGAAGUUCAUCAGUAUGUUAUAGAAAACGGGAUUGAACUUGAUAUUGCAGUUUAUAACUCGAUUAUUGCGCUGUAUUCAAAAUGUGGUAGCUUGGACUAUGCAAGAAACCUUUUCGAAGAGAUGGGUGAGCCGGAUGAGAUAACUUAUGGUGCAAUGAUUUCAGGCUACAUGAUUUAUGGAUUUGUUGAUCAAGCUGUUAAUCUUUUUCAAGAAAUUGAGAAACCGUGUCUGAGUACUUGGAAUGCUGUGAUAACAGGUCUAGUACAGAAUAAUUUGUACGAGCAAGCUUUAGAGUUCGUUCGGAAGAUGCAGUUAUCAGGUGAUCAACCUAAUGCCGUGACUCUCUCGAGUAUUCUUCCGGGAAUUUCCGAUUUAGCAUUUGCAAAAGGAGGGAAAGAAGUGCAUGCCUAUGCCAUUAAGAGUGAUUGUAAUCAAAAUAUCUAUGUCGCAACUGGAGUUAUUGAUACCUAUGCAAAACUGGGGUUUAUUCAAUCAGCACGGCAAGUUUUUGAUCACACGAAAGAUCGGAGUGUCAUUAUUUGGACGGCAAUUAUCUCAGCGUAUGCUAACCAUGGAGAAGCCAAGGCUGCACUUGAUCUAUUUAAUGUGAUGCUGAGUCAUUGCAUAAGGCCAGAUUCCAUUACAUUUACUGCCGUAUUGGCAGCCUGUGCCCAUUCAGGACUGAUUGAAGAAGCUUGGAGAAUUUUUGAGUUGUUGGAGAAGUAUGGAAUUCAGCCUCCGGAUGAACAUUAUGCUUGCAUGGUGGGGGUUCUAAGUCGAGCAGGAAAGCUAUCUGAAGCAGUUGAUUUCAUCAGAAAGAUGCCAAUCGAACCCAGUGCAAGGGUGUGGGGUGCACUACUUAAUGGUGCUUCAGUUUAUGGUGACUUUGAAGUUGGUAGACUUGCAUGUAGUCAUUUGUUUGAAAUGGAACCCGAAAAUACUGGAAACUAUACCAUCAUGGCAAAUUUAUAUUCAAAAGCUGGUAGAUGGGAAGAAGCUCAGGAGCUUAGGAAGAACAUGAAAAUUCUUGGAUUGAAGAAGAUUACCGGUAGUAGUUGGAUGGAAACAUGUCAAGGCUUAAAAAGCUUUGUAGCAACAGACGAAUCAAAUGAAAAGUCUGGAGAGGUUUAUGGGGUACUGGAAAGAUUGCUUGGUUCGAUGAGGGAUGAUGGUUACGUAAUGAUGGAUGAAUUUAAGGAGGAAACCAUGUGACAAAUCUGCUGCGAUGAGCAAGAGGUUGCCGUUAAGUAGUUUUCUGGGCUUCAUG